GUUGCGGAGACGCAGAAGCUUUUGGGCCCAGCUGUGCAUGCGGCGCCGGUGUUGGACUCUUUUGCGCUGAGCCAUUCUUUGUGUGACUGGCAGCAACAGACGGAUCGCAAGUUGCAGCGCCGGGCAAAGCCGCGUCGAUCAGUGCAGGGCUUGCGGCAGUUGGCUGGAACAGCGUUGGCUGUGGGCGGAG